AUGGAAAAAAACAUUGAGAAAUAUCUCACUGAAAAAUUCAAAACGAAGUUGCACAACGGCCCGAGAGUCCGAUUCCAUCGCCGUUUUGCAGAACUGGAGUCUCUGCUCGAGAAAAUCACAGCCUCUGAGUUCCCUGCAGAGAGAUCAAUCAAAGAGGAGCUCUACUGCCUCAAUAAUGUCUUGGAAGAGUGUCAAAUGCUAGCAAGGAAGCAAAGCCUCGCCUCUCUUAAAACAGUUCUAAGUCCCUCAAUUGUUCAAAUCAGUAGGGACUUGGACAAGAUCAAACAGAAACUUCACAAGAUCUACCAAUUCAUAGCAAGUUUACAUGAGACCUUCUGUCGUCUGCCAGAGAGGCUAGAAGCUUUUCGAGGAAGCUCCACAUGGGUCAAUCAGUCAAGAAUCCACGGGCUCGAGAAUGAAAUGGUGACUUUGGAGAGGAUGCUUCUCCAACCAGGAAAACCAUCCGACUCUUUCAACGCAAUUGCAAUCAUCGGCAUGAGCGGUGUCGGAAAAACGACACUAGCCCAAUUGGUAUACAACAAACAAGAAGUGAAGGCACAGUUCCUUCCAAGAAUCUGGGUAUCGUUAUCCCCACAGCCCAACAUGGCGGAGAACCUGAGGGAGGCUACCGCCAAGAAGUUACUGGCCCGUCUAGGAGUUGAAAAGGACAUAAUCAGCUCAAUCGAGAGCCACGGCCUCCGCGGCCUACACUACGCUCUCCACCUGCAACUACUGGGCAAAAGGUACUUGAUAGUGCUCGAUGACGUGUGGGACACCAACCCAUGGCACAACAAUGACGCCUGGGAUGGGUUGCCCAAAGGUUAUGGCGGUUCAGUCAUUAUCACAAGCAGGUCAGAGAAAGUGGCCAACACCAUGGUUGGGGAACAAAAUGUGCUCCACCUGCAACCGCUCACGGACCCUGAGAGCUGCUGGUGUAUAUUCAAGGAUGAGGUCGAGAAAGAUGGUGAAAAAUUGGAUGAUGACAACAUCAACAAGCUGAAACCAGAGGUCGAAAAGAAGAGUGCUGGUCUGCCGCUAGCUGCGAAAAUGAUGGGGGAGAUUUUCUAUGAGAAGCGCAAAGGUAAGGAGGGGGCUGAGCAUGGUGAGAUUCAUCCUCAAGAGUUCUAG